AUGGCGGAGGGCAAGUACGACAAUAACGGCUAUAACAGUGGUGAUUUUAAGCGUAAUAAAGCUGACGCCGGCCAAGGUGAGAACGACAUGGACCAAGAUGGCGAAGAUGGAGCCAAACUUAACGAGAAAGCCGGCGAAUACAUGAGAGAACUGUUGAGCGAAAAAAUCAAACUGAACACACAAAAGUUUCCCAUGUCUUUGAAGCUUAUUGACCAAGAGGUACAAAAAGUUCAGACUACAGGAAGGAUCCCAGCACGUGAUAACAAAUAUCUAGAUGUGUUUCAUGAAAAACCUGUAAAAGUGGCAGUCAAAGUUUUGGUACCAGUCAAAGAACAUCCAAAGUUCAAUUUUGUGGGCAAACUGAUUGGACCAAAAGGCAACACAAUGAAGCAAAUGCAAGAAGACACUAUGUGCAAAAUGGCAGUUCUGGGACGUGGAUCAAUGAGAGACAGGCAAAAAGAGGAAGAAUUGAGGAAAUCUCUGGACCCGAAGUAUGCCCAUCUCUCAGACGAGUUGCACGUGGAAAUCUCAGCAUUAGCCCCUCCAGCGGAAGCCCAUGCCAGAAUUGCAUAUGCUCUCGCUGAGGUCAAGAAGUAUCUAAUACCGGACAACAAUGACAUGAUGAGACAGAACCAGAUGAGAGAUAUGAUGGAUAGAGCUGGGCCUCCCCGCCCGCCCCCGGGCAGGGCUCCGCCCCGCAUGCCCCCGCCGCAGCCGCCGAUGCAACGCCAGAUGCCCCCCAAGAACAAGGUCAUCAGCAUCCUUGACCGGGCCCGGUCUGCGAUGGACUCGUCUUACGGCUACGAGGAUCCGUACCCACCGAUGCCUGAGCCACCAGUCCGUGGCGGAGGCGGUCCCCGUGCGGCCUCGCAAGAUUUCUAUUAUGACCGCAACGACCGUUACUACGAAGAGGAGCCCAGUUAUUACAAGGAAGAGCCGCGCGAGUUCAAACCUUCUUCUGCUAGGGAGGUCGGCACUAGGCGUCCUCAGCAGCCCCAAAGGCAUUACGCAAGACACUCGCCCUACGGCCGCCCGCCCAAGUAA